AUGGCAACCGAAGCAGUCGAGCCGCAGGUCGCUGGUGGCGCUACCAAUGACCAGGACAAGGGGAACAAGUUUCAGCAAGCCAUAGCUUCAUGGCGGAAUGUCGACCUCAGCUCCCUCAUAUCCACUCUCGACACGGCCGCCUCAGACCUUGUCACCCACCAACGCGACACUCUCGUACAGCGCAAGGAGCUGGCCCAAAAGACCAAAGACUUUCGCAAACUCGAAGAUGCCGCUAAACUGGGCGAGAUCAAGGCCCUGCUCAAGUCUUACCAAUCCUUCAUCGACCUGAUCUCCAACCAGUCAAAGUCGACUCAGUCAGCCUUCCUCCAAAUCUACUCGCCGCUGUCUGAAGCCCCCGAUCCGUAUCCCCUGCUCGAAGCCUCGAUAGACUCGUUCGUCACGGCUCAAGAAGUCGUCCCGAAACUAGAGUCUGAGAACAAGCACUUGCAAGCAACCGUCGCAAACUUGACGUCGCAACUCGAAGAAGCCGAAUCACAACUUGAACAGGAGCGUUCGUCGAGACAAUCCUCACAGUCAAGUCAAGACACCAAGAUCAAGGAGAUCGAGGCUUCAUGGAAUGCCGUCUUGAAAGAGAAGCAGGACAACUGGGAUGCCCGUGAGAAGAGCUUGGAAGGGAAGGUUGAGAACCAAGAUCGUCUAUUGAAGGAGCUCAAGGCCAGCUAUGAGGUCUCGCAGCGCAUGGACAAAGCAGAGGACGACAGUUCCAACACUCUCGGCGCAUCGCAACAAGAGCUGGAUCUCGUCAACCAAGAGCUGGAAAAGGCAAACCUGAGACUCUCAGAGCUGCAAGGACGCAACGAACAACUCCGCCUUGACCUCGCUCAGUCCACCGCAAACCAAAGCUCGUCUCAGACUGCUGUCUCGGUCGAAGAUGACCCAUCCUUCCUCCGUCUACGCUCCGAAAAUUCUCAACUCCUCCGCAAGCUCGAUUCUCAGCGCUACGAAAAGGACUCGGAGAAGAGCAAAUGGGACUCAAGCAUCAGAUCAUUGGAGCGGGAGCUGGACUCUCUGAAACAGGAUCGUGAAAGCCUCAAGCGCAAGCUGGACAAGUGCAGCGACUAUGACGAGGUCAAGCAAGAGUUGGAUAUGCUCAAGUCAAUCGAGUUUGCGACAGGCGACGCCGACGAUUCAGAUCAUGAGGCAGACACAACUGUUGGUGCCGAGAAGGGCGAGUCUUUGGAAAAGUUGCUCCUCGCCCGAAACAAGAAGCUCUCCAACGAGCUCACCAUUCUCCGAGUAUCGCACAACGAUCUCCAGUCCCGUCUCGAGUCGUUGCAAGAAGAACUCUCGGGCACAAACAUGGAGCUGGAGAAAUCGCGCAAUCUCACACAGACGCUCGAGGAGGAUUUGUUGCAAGCCCAGAAUGAGGCCAGCAAUGCCUUUGACCCCUCGGCCAUGUCAGUGGCAGGCACAUACACCUCGCGCUACCCAAAGUCCUCUUACGCUGCCUCGAUGCGCCGAGGAGGCAACACCUCGCCCACCUCUUCCAUCAUCUCUGGCUUCGAUACUGGCAUUUCAUCCCCAAGGGGUCUGGACUCACUUCGUCCGGAAGCUCCUAAUGCUGGCAUCCUGCCAAUGGUCACUGCUCAACGCGAUCGCUUCAAGACAAAGAUUCGUGAGUUGGAGACGAAUCUCCAAGACCAGUACACACUGGUGUCUUCCUUGCGCUCCGAGAUUGCAAGCUUGCAAAAGGACAAUCUGAGCCUGUACGAGAAGAGCCGAUAUGUCAAUAGCUACAACACAAAGGGUGGUGCGACUUCUGGUUACUCGAACACAAAUCCGAGCACCAUCACUAUCGAUCGCAGUAAUCCAGGUACUGAUGCUCGCUACAAGUCAGCAUAUGAGAGCUCAAUCUCUCCAUUCGCUGCUUUCAGAAGCAAAGAAAGCAGUCGUGCCUUCCAACGACUGUCAUUACCAGAAAGAGCAGUACUUCAGGCGUCGAGACUGGUUCUGGCAACGAGGACAAGCAGAAAUCUCUUUGCCAUCUGGGUUGUAGGCUUGCAUCUGUUGGUCUUCGUCAUGUUGUUCUGGAUGGGCGGAGGUAGCGACACACCACAUCUAGCCCAUACGGUUGCCGCCGGCAACGCCGCCAUAGCAGGAGCAAAAGUAGCCGCUGCCGGACAAGGAGGUCCAGGGACGAAAUGGGAACAACCUGGCUUCGGCGAUACGUAA